CCUCUUUACCGAAAAGUUCACUGCAUUUGUAGGACUAGUCGCGGCGUAGCAUGGUGAUAAUUGUAGAGCAAGACAAUCUAGUAGAUUGGAAGUGGAAUGGGGGAGGAAAAGACACGGUUGGAAAAAUCCAAAUAAAUAACUUCAAGAAUCCCAUAGAAUCAGCAUAGCCUUCAUCUUCCAAUCUGGACAAUUUUCAUCCAGAUCUAUACUGGCAUUACCAACCAUGAUGCUUCUCAAUGUGCUCGGGCUGCUCUCAGCCGUAUCUCUCAGUAGCGGAAGCAUUCUUUCGAAGCCGCUCCAGGCUGGGGACCUUGAGGCUAGGGGAUCUACCAUAUAUAGAGGAGAGCAAGCCACGCCUGCAACUACCGGUGUCUGGGAAGAAACGAUUGAAACGGAUAUAAGCGAUGCCGACGAAUCGAUCGCGGUCGGUCCACCGGUCGUCAAACGCGCGACGCCCACCAACAUGCUCCCCCCGCGACCCGACAAGCCAAGCCCGAAAACAACCCCGACACCCUCGCCGCCGAAGGGCACGUGCCGCAUGCACAUGAUCCAGGGGAGCGGCGACGGCAACGGCAAGAUGAAGCUGAUGCUCGAGCUGUUCGACGAGCGCGGCGAGAGCCUGUUCACCGCGACGAACGACGUGCUGCGCUGGGGCGACGACGCGUCGCUCACGAUCCGCUCGGGCAGGCUGCACUUCGCGUUCCCGAAAAAGGGGGGGUGCGCGGGGGGAGGUGAUGCUGAUGGUGGGUGCGCGGCGGAGGAGGAGGAGGAUUUCACGAGGCGGAGGUUCGAGAUGGCGUUUAAUGGGAAGAGCUGGAGCAGCGAUACGAGGAAGGGGGAAGGGAAGGAGCCGUAUUGUGCGGUGGGCGGGUGGACGAACCCCGAGACGGGGCUGAGGGUUCGGAAUUCGGAUUGUUGGUUCGAGUGCUAGGGGGCUGGUGGCCACAUGGGUAACCUACUUGCUUGCGUAUUUAUCUGAGGUAUUGAGAUAUAUA